AUGGGCCGAGCAUUUUCGAGAGUCCUCAACCGUCCCUUCGUCAUCUCCGACGCCGCCAUCGAGCGUUUGCCGCAAGUGGAGACCAACGUGGACCUCAACCUCCCGCCAUCUCUCCAGGAGACCAUCAGGGCCGUGCAGCAGCUCUCCAGUGGGAAAACACCCGGAUCGGACGCAAUCCCUGCUGAGGUCUACAAGCACGGAGGUCCCCAGCUGAUGGAUCACCUGACUGCGCUCUUCCAGGAGAUGUGGCGUCAAGGGGAAGUCCCGCAAGAUUUCAAGACGCAACCAUCGUGCAUCUUUACAAGCGCAAAGGAAAUCGCCAAGUCUGCGACAAUCACCGCGGCAUCUCCCUGCUGAACAUCGCCGGGAAGAUCUUCGCACGAAUCCUCCUCAACCGCCUCAAUAACCAUCUGGAACAGGGCCUUCUGCCGGAAAGCCAAUGCGGCUUCCGUCGUCAUCGUGGGACCACGGAUAUGAUCUUCGCCGCCCGUCAACUUCAGGAGAAGUGUCAGGAGAUGCGGACCCACCUGUACUCUACCUUCGUGGACCUGACGAAAGCCUUCGAUACGGUGAAUCGUGAAGGACUGUGGAAGAUCAUGCAGAAAUUCGGCUGUCCGGAGCGAUUCACUCAGAUGGUGCGUCGGCUGCACGACGGUAUGAUGGCGCGAGUCAAGGACAACGGAACUGUCUCAGAGGCAUUCGCAGUGACCAACGGAGUGAAGCAGGGAUGCGUGCUGGCACCAACCCUCUUCAGUCUUAUGUACUCUGCCAUGCUGAUGGACGCCUACCGCGACGAACGCCCUGGAAUCCGCAUCGCCUACAGGACGGACGGUCACCUGCUGAAUCAACGGCGGAUGCACUUCCAAUCGCGCGUAUCCACAACCAACGUCCACGAACUUCUCUUCGCCGACGACUGCGCCCUGAACACCACCUCGGAAGAGGAGAUGCAACGGAGCAUGGACCUGUUCUCCGCCACCUGCGAGAACUUCGGUCUGGUCAUUAACACGCAGAAGACGGUGCUGAUGCACCAACGGCCACCCAACUCAGCCACAGCCCCCAACGCGCCGCCGCAAAUCAGCGUGAACGGAACCCAUCUGCAAGUUGUGGAGAACUUCCCGUACCUGGGCAGUACCCUCUCCCGGAACACCAAGAUCGACGACGAAGUCGCCAACAGGAUCUCGAAAGCCUGUCAAGCCUUCGGUCGCCUCCAAAGCACAGUUUGGAAUCGCCGCGGUCUUCAGCUGAGCACGAAGCUGAAGAUGUACAAGGCCGUCAUCCUGCCGACACUACUGUAUGGAGCGGAGACUUGGACGGUGUACGCAAAGCAGGCACGUCAUCUGAACCACUUCCACCUCAGUUGUCUUCGUCGCAUCCUGAGGCUGAACUGGCAGGACCGAAUCCCCGACAUUGAUGUGCUGGAACGGACGGGAAUCCUCAGCAUCUACGCCAUACUGAGGCAAAUGCAGCUGCGCUGGAGUGGCCACCUGGUGCGCAUGGACGACGAGCGACUACCCAAACGACUCUUCUACGGAGACGUCGCGACGGGUUCUCGCCGUCAAGGAGGCCAGAUUCGCCGUUACAAGGAUACCCUAAAGUCCUCCCUGAAAUGCUUGCAAAUCAACCCUACCAACUGGGAGGAGCUCGCACUCGAUCGACCGACCUGGAGGAGGACAGUGAAGACAGGCGCUGCGAUCUGCGAAGCCAACCGCAUCGCUGCCGCCAAAGCGAAACGCGAAGCCCGCAAAUCACAACUUCGCCCAGUACGCAACGCCGCCGCCGCCGCACAACCGCCUCCAACGUGUCCUCGAUGUCAACGGACAUUCCGGGCUCGAAUCGGACUUGCUGUACAUCUUCGGACCAACUGCGCCUCUCUAACUGCACCAACCAUCGUCCCCCCGCCUGCCUCUUCCUCCUCCUCUCCGCCGCCAACUAACUCUGACAAUUCUUCUGAUCCACCACUUCCAUCCUCCUCCUCGUCCUCCUCGUCCUCCUCCUCCUCCUCCUCCUCCUUCUCCUCCUCACCCACUGCUCCAACGACGGCCGCUCAGGCGACUGUUCCGCGCGCAACAACCGACACUACCACCACCUCCCUCGACUCCAGCGAUGAGGAUCAAGACUAA